AUGAAGGUUUUCAUCGUCCCACGUGGGGGCUCCGUGCUUGACUAUGCGCAAUGCCUGCCGAAUAAAAGCAGCGUCCGAACGGCGAAGUCGAUACGUGAUUUGUUAUACUUUACCCUUUGUGACCAUAUCGCAGAGGAUAUUGUUUUUAUGCACUUAUCCACCCGGGAUUCUGAUGACCUGCGUAAGGAGGCCAAACUUGCCUACAUAUACAUGGCAUCAUUUUCGGCAGGUUCAGUUUAUCCCUCAACAGGUACUGCGAGUACCCGAAUCACGAAGCCGUUUGGAAGUACGAAAUUCAAUCAUCACAAUAAACAGCAAUACAGCUUGUGA